AUGUUACUUCUCAAUAGCUUACUGUACAUCAGCUGUGCGUUUCUUGUCCAUGCUGUUGAUAUUCGACUCAUCAGCAGGGAUCCCAAUCGGGACUGCACUGGCACAAGUACAGCGAUAUGUACUGAUUUGCAGUACCAGGCAUGUUGUGAGCGAGGAUCGGCCCCGAUCUAUCGAACAGCCUUGUGUUCCGGAUUGUACACGACUGCUCGAGGCAGCAUCCCAGACUAUUGUGUGGGAUUCUCAACCUCGCCUGGCACCACUUAUACGCCUUGCCAAUGUUCCUGCAAUGCAAACGCUGCAUCGGAGGACAACAGUGGAAAUGUCUGCCUGAAUUGUGACGCGGUCAGCGGCCUCCAACUCAGAGGCGCAUCUGUAUGGGACAUCACAGGAGCUUCCAAGCGCAGUCUCGACGACCUUGCCGCACUAGGCGAUUUGCGCUGUACCUCCUACGUGGAGCCGGAUGUCUUGCAAAUCGAUGAACGCUAUUUCAGAGUCGGAGAGAAGCAUGGUGUUCCGAGUGAGAUCAGAGAGCGUUUCUGGGACAUCUUCAUCAAUCAGCAGGAUAUCAAGUUUGACGCGAUCCCAGAAGAUCUCAAGCAGUAUCUCGACAUGAACAUCGUUGCCCCACUGACAGCGGACGAGUUGCGGAGGGCUGCUGCCCGAACGCUCAUCAUCCACGAUGAGCAAGAACAAGACGCGUCACUCCGAAGACGACAAGGUCUCCCAGCUCAAUGCCCGGCAUCCUGAGUGUAAGAACCAAU